AUGUCUGAGCGCGAUGCACUGAAGGGCCCCUUUGCGGCACCUCUCAUCGAGGGGGCCGCCCUGGUUGGCUUGGAUGUGCUCAAGCCGCUCCGCCAGCGCCGUGGAGCUGUAAAAGCUGUCGUAGCACAGGCUCACCUCUUUUACCACAUCAUAGAGAUGACUGGGGCCAAUCUCGAUCCCCUUGACGUGAAGAUGGACCAUUUUCGUGUCUUGGCCACGCUAGAUGCCCAUGCCAAGCCCACGAAUCGCACCGUCGCCAGUCUCUUUGAUGGCUCCCACGAGUAUUUGGCAAAUUCAGCAGACAGCGGAAAUGCCUCCUUGGAAGAUAAGGAAUUUUUCUUAGCCUCCUUGCCCGACACUCUGGUCAACACACUCUCGGAGUUCUGUUUUCCUCUGGGAGGACACGUCUAUGCUGAUCUGCCCAAUGAAUCCCAGAUGUCAAUUUUCACCUUUGCCAUCUCCCAAAGCGGUUAUCAUGUCACGACCUUGCUCUAUCACCAAUGCAUCGACCCCAGCACCUUUCUACUGGCCUGGGAGGCUGAACACCCCCGCGACAUUACGGCGCCAACCGACUCGCGCUCGUCGGCAGACUCGAGCAAAAAGUUGAGUCUUCUUCUUGAGAAAAAUGUGAUUGCCUUCAGCCGUAACAUCGCACUCCUCGCCCCCUUUCUCGAGUCCAUGUUGGCAUUGAUGCAUCCCCUCAAAUGGCAGCAUCCCUACAUUCCAGUUUGCCCCGAACAGUUGCAGGAAUGUGUCCAGAUCCCUUGGCCACUUCUGGCCGGAAUGCACUCAAGUUUGCGCGAGCAGGUACUUGCCGAGGCCGACCCUUCUUUUCCGCCGGUUGUGGUCGACUUGGACACUGGCACUCUCCGUUGGGGAGCUACGCAUGACAGCCCAGCAAAACACUUGCCAGAAAUCCCACCUCACAUUGUGCUGCAAUAUGAGUUGCACCUUCACAAGCUCAAGGUGUCACACGUCCUGGCAUCCUAUGGACGGCCCAUCUUCCAAAGCCGACGCGAUCCAGAGCAAAUCAAGCAGCAUGAGCGGCACUGCGACAAUCUCAUUCGCGAAGCCUUUUUGCGUGUCAUGAUUUCGCUUUUCGGUCAUACCCGCACCUGUGUUGACUACAAGGGUUCGACGCCAGUCAUGGACACGGAUCGCUUUUAUCAGAUGAUCCCAGAGGAGAGUCGACCGUUUUACAAGGCUGCUUUUGAUACGUCCUCUUUCAGCGUCUUUCUUCAAGGACGCAACAGUACGGAGCGUGACUUUUUUGAUCUACAGAGCGCCAGUACUUCCUUCACGCUCAAAGCGCCAUCACCUGUCACAUUGCCGUUACCCGCAUUUGAGCGAACUGAGCACAGCCGCAUUGACAUCAUCAAAGCCAGUCCUGCCAUUCAGGUACAGCAGCAGCAACAGAUCGCUUCCAGGCGCAUUCAAAGUGCUCGCCGCAUCGACGCAGCUCCCCAAGUAUCCAUGUUCUCUUUCAAGCAAGAAUCACCCGUAUCAGCAGUUUUGACCGACAAACGCAUGCGUGCCAAUUCACUCUCAGAUUCUGGGCCCCGAGAGGUUCAGUGUUUGGGCCCCUUUGUCCAAGAAUACAUACAAGGCGUCAUCGACCUCCUCGACCACAGCGUUGAACUUGCAAAAGGCACAACAACGCUGCCUUCCUACUUGUAUCUCCGUGGAGUCUUCAAAUUGCUUCGAGGAUUGUACAUUCACCCCAAGGACUCCUCUGCAGCUGACUUGUUCAAAGCGAUUGGGGAUUGGGACCUGCUGGCCAAAACGGCGCCCAUGUAUUUUCCGUCAGAUGUUAUUACAGACGCCAUUUCUCGGUUGCCAGAGGCACACGUGCUGGCACUCGAGGCGUCCAGCGUAGUCAAGCGUUCGCAGUCGUGGAAAUCCAUCAUGCAAAAUGUGCGAAAAACUCUGGACGCCCAUACCACUUUUGCAGAGCUUAUGGAGCAAGAAUCCCUGGACAGCAGCGGGAGCCGCGUCGAUCUCAAAGGAGACGUCAUCGAUGGCCUGUUGGGUCAAGAUUUUAUCAACGAGGAAGAGUUCAAGACUUUAACGCGACUGCUCUGCAUUUGCCGAACCAGCAACUCAGCCAGCCUCUUCCGUGCGCUCGUGAGCACGCAGCCAUCUGAUCAUGACUCGGAUUGUAUCCCAUCUAAAGUUUUUCAGCAGUUCUACACCGAAUGGCGGCGCAUUCUGUACUUGCCCAUGAUUGCGCUUCCCCCCACCGUAGAGCUCUCCGCUCGUGAAGCCGUCAUCAAAACGCAGCCAUUUGUGCGCGUGCAAAAUCUAGGCUUGGGCACCCUGGUCUUGACGCAUCGGCAUCUUUUGUUCUUGCGUCAACCCACGCAAUGCCUCCAACUUUGCCGUCUUGACCAGAUUGACACACUUCGAAGCAAGUCGGACAAGUCGGCACGUCACAACGCAGUUGAGCCGAAACCCGUGGCCAAGCCAGCUGGACUCUUGUCCUUUACCAUCCGCUUUGUCAAGGGGGUGGGCAGCUGGUUGCGAUACAUCACCGAGCUGAAGGAGGGCAAUGCGUACGCUGUUCAGACCGGGGACGGGGCAGCGGUGCAGCUAGCAGCUCAAAACAUUGCGCUUGUGGAGACCCUUUGUCUGGUUUCACACUCCCGCAGCGCAACCCCGAUCAAGGGCUCGCGGUCCAACAGUGACAGCAAUGACUUUUUGAGCUCCAACGCAGCAGCUCAGGAACUCCUGCGCUUUUCUCACGGUCAGGGCAGGAUGGGUGGCGUAGCCAUGCCCGUUCGAGAUAAUUUUGUGCGCCAAGUGGAGGCCAUGACGGACCAAGGAGGCAAACUGACCACCGAGUGCAUGGUGGCAAUCCUGCAUCCCUUCCAGCAGCUGUGGUGUGGAAUGGGCAAUGGCAGCAUCAACACGUUUUUGCUUCCCACCCUCAAGUUUCAGCAACGCUUACCCAUGUGGGAGCACAUUGAGAGCCGUCAAUCACGUGUCUCGGCAAUGUGUGUCGAUGGGACAACAGUUUGGGCCGCCAAUGGCCUGGGGCAUGUGCGGCUUAUCGAUGCCGUCUCCUGCAAAGUGCUGGAAGAGUUGGAUAUGGGAGACAUGGUGACGCGCAUUCUUGCGGCCAAGGGUUCCGUGUGGGUCCUGAUGAUCACAGGCCAGCUUCAUCGUUUCAUCGAUGGAAACGCCCACGAGCAUCAAGUCAUCGCGUUACCCCUCUCUCUGUUUACCCUAUCGUUCACCUUGAUCCACGAUCGCAUUUGCAUGGGCGGCUUUGAUCUCACGCACAUGCAUCUUCGUAGGGUGGCCUGCAAGGGCAUGUUGGUCGUGCUGGACAACAAAGUAUUGACUGCAUCCAAGAGCGAGCGGUCGGAGAGCAGUAGUGCCAAGAACGCGUUGUGGAAAUCCCAAUCCAUGGACGAGCAUGUGCCCCGGACAUCAUUGCCUGCGCGCCAGUCUGCGCUGCCCGAAGAUGCUGUUUUGACAACCAUCCAGACGGAUGCUGAUCAAGGUGUAGUGCGCGGUGGCAACCGUGAGGUGUGGACGUACAGCAUGGUGUCAGGCUUGAUCGAGGUUCGCGAUGGCAUGAAAUUUGAUCGAGUGGCCUGCGGUGGCUCUUGGCGUAUCGAAUGCAACGGAUUCUCCUCCUUGAUCCGCGCAAACAAGUGCAUGUGGGGCGGUGCACGUAAUGGAUCAGUUUACGUCUUUGACCUCGUGACGCACGCCCUGCUGCGUCAACUAUAUGUGCACACGGAUAGCGUGCGCACUCUCUGUUGGGUCUCGGCGUUGGAGGAGGCAGAACUCGUGGUUUCUGGCUCAGGUUCGCGGGACGGCAGCCUCGUUCUGUGGCAGAACCAGGCCUGA